UUGCAAAUCUUCAAUUAAAAAAUUGCCCGGCUGCUUCUAUUGUUUCCGAGCCCUCCGAGUCGAGUCUUCUAAUUGCUUCCAAGUAAGUCUUCCCUCCCCUUUCCUUUGAGUCAUGUCUGACCGUGAAGACAGCCAGAACCCUUCCGUCCAUUCUUAUGGUUCUGGUGACCGGUCUCAGACUUCUGGUUCCUCUCCUUCUUCAUCCUCUAAAUCUGAGCACCCGACUGCUUCUCCACAGAAGAAGCCGGUUGAUGCUUCCACUUGCGCUCCUUCUUCCGUGGCGCAAGUGGUGUCGGUUGCCCAACCCGGGGAUGAGGGUUUUAUUCAGCUGUACGACCGGUUGCUCCAAACGCAAUCGUCGGUCAUGCAGAAGGCCCAAGUCCACGAGGUGCGCAACCUGAUGCCGGACGGAUACCAAUUGACUUACCGGGCAAUGUGGAAGAGCAUUAUUCCUCUCCAUGUCGGUACAUCGAUUGGCAUCCAUAACCAUUCUAUCAAGGACCUGGGCGAAUUCUCUAUUCACCCAUUCAAAGUCCUUUUCCUCGAGACUUACGGAAUCAUGCUCGGGCAGCUGGCCCCUAAUGGUCACUGUUUGUUGGGCAGCUUCAUCAAUGUCUACCGGUUCCUCCGUAUUUCCCUCUCCCUUCGUCUCUUCGACCAUAUGUUCGAUGUCCGGCCCGGGUCCAAGGAAACCCUUGGAUUCGUGAGAAUGAAGCGCCAGGUCAAACCAGCGGAGGCCGAUGACCUGGCGGCUUGGGAAGCCACUCUCCGGGCCGGGGAUGCCUCCACCCGCAGUCUUUACCACGUCGGGAAGUGGAGCGUCUACCCCGGCCGGGAGACUGACCCUGAGCCGGAGAUCGUCCUGCCAGGGGCGAUCCCCGAAGCUAUCCCCAUCAACCGGGCGAGGGGAUCCGAAGCCCUGGCCACAGCCACCGCCGGUCCUUCAUGCCCGACAAAGAAGAAGAAAAAGAAAGUGGUGAAAUUCCAGUCAAAGUUUGCCGUUCCUCAGAUAGUGGUUGAAGAGCCCUCCUCCGCUCAGCCACUUACUCCUCCAUCCAGCCAGCCGUUCCUGCUGGACGAGCAACCGGCCCAGUCCCAUCAGGGGACCAACCAGCCUAUUCACUCGGGGGAACUAUACAUCAACGUAGAUACCCUCGAGUUCGACGCCAUGAUGGGGGAGACCGGGCACACCUCCCAGGCCGGGUUGGCAGGCAAACCCAACGAGGAAGGCGAAGCCGAGGAGGAGGCUGCUGGGGAGUCUCUUCAAUGGAAGAGGCGGAAGACUGAGGAGGCCAACCAGCCACCCCACCAGGGGGCCAGUCCUCCGACGCCGGCAAGGGGCCAAUCGUGCCCAGAGGAGUACUUCGCCCGGCUGGUGAAGUCCAAAGAAGAGGAGAUGGCCUGGAUGGAGGCCAUGAUGGUCCAGUGCCGGAAGGAUGCUCAAGCCGCCCGCGCACAAGCAGAGAAGGUGGAGGCCAAAUGGCUGGAGCACUGCACGGUCUACCGCCAGCUCUAUGCCAAGCACGACGGACUUCUCAAGGUUGCGAAAGAGGUCGAUGAGCAGGCCCAGGCCAAGAUCCAGCAGCUGGAGGCCGAGAAUGCCCGGUCAGCCGAGGAAAUCGCUCGGCUAGGAGAUGAGCUGCAGAAAGAGCAGUCGGAGCGGGCCGCCGUUGCCGCUGUCUGGGCAGCUCAAGCGCGAGAGGAGUUCGCCGCUAAGGCGUUGCCUGACCGGGAGACGGCCAUCCACUUCUUCCAAGGCCUGUACAAGCAUCCAGUAUCGGCUGACAUCGUGGACGAAAUUGGGACCUAUGGGUUUGAAAGUGGUCAGUACUCUGAGCGGAAGGCCCUCUAUGGCAUCCUUGAGCAGAGGAUCCAAGGCUUUCGACCCAAGGCCCUUUCACUGCCCGAGCUGCAUGAUGAGGCGCCGGUCCCCCCAUUUCUGGGCAUCUGAUCCAUCCGACCUUCUUCUCUCUUUUGAUUUUUUUUAUGAUGUAAUAUCCUGCCUCCGGGCGCUUUUUGUAACCCGUUGAAAUAUUAAUGAAAAUAUUUUCUAUAU